AUGGUCCUGGCCCACAUCACCUGUAUCAGGGACCUCCUGGGCUAUGUCAAGCAGGGGCACUCCCUGUCCAAGUCCUGGGACUUCCUGGUCAACCUCCUCCUGGCCCUGGCCAAGGUGGUGGUGUAUCUUCCCAGGAAGGAGGCUCUGGCCAGGGGGGUCCCAGGGGACUGUGGGGCCACUGUCCUUUCACUUGAUAUCAGAAGCAUGCUGAGAAGGUGCGAGGAGGACCAGUUCCAACCACCAGAGGGGAUAUGCCCAGAACUGGAUAUGAGACUCAGCAUCUUGUCCCGAAAAAGUGUAGCUCUACAGGAGACUUUGAAGAAGUUUCAAGCACUUGACAGUUUGGAGUCUGCUGGCUUGGCGGAGGGCCAGAAGAUUGUGUCUGCGUUUGAGCGACUGCACCGGUUUCUGGAGGAACAAGAGCGACUCGUGCUGGCCGAGCUGGGAGAGGUGGAGAGCAGGAUUGAGAAGAGUCAGGGGGAGACUGUCACCCAACUCUCCGAGGAGAUUUCCCAUCUCACCAACCUGAUCAGGGAGCUGGAGGGGAAGUGCCAGCAGGCAGCCAGUGACCUGCAGGAUAUCAGAAGCAUGCUGAGAAGGUGCGAGGAGGACCAGUUCCAACCACCAGAGGGGAUAUGCCCAGAACUGGAUAUGAGACUCAGCAUCUUGUCCCGAAAAAGUGUAGCUCUACAGGAGACUUUGAAGAAGUUUCAAGUGGUGGUGACUCUGGAUCCAGACACAGCAAAUCAUGACCUCGUCGUGUCUACGGAUCAGAGUUUGAGAUGGGCAAUCACACGGCGGUAUCUGCCCAACAGUCCUGAGAGAUUUGACUCUGAGCUGUGUGUGCUGGGCCGUGAGGGGUUCACCUUGGGUAGAUGCUGCUGGGAGGUGGAGGUGGGGGCAAGGGCCUGGGCCGUGGGGGUCGCCAGAGAGUCUGUGAGGAGGAAAGGAGGGAUCAGAUUUAGCCCCGAGGAGGGGAUCUGGGCUGUGCAGCGCUGUCGAAAUCAGCUCCGGGCUCUCACAGCCCCUGCUCGCACCCCCCUGUCCCUGCGCCUGGUGCCCAGGAGGGUGCGGGUCUGUCUGGACUGUGCAGCGGGACUGGUGUUGUUUCUUGAUGCUGACACUGAGGCCACGAUCUUCACCUUCCCGCCAGCCUUGUUUGCUGGGGACAAAAUCCGGCCCUGGUUCUGGGUGUGGGGGGUUGGAUCCAACCUCAGACUGUGCUAUUGA